GAGCCUUGAGAAAGAUUAAGAGAAACAAUUAGCUCAACAAGAAUGAGGAAACCAGAGGUAGCAAGUGCAGCCACUCAUCAAGUAAAGAAGAUGAAGAAGGGACUAUGGUCUCCAGAGGAAGACUCAAAGCUGAUGCAGUAUAUGAUAAACAAUGGGCAAGGAUGUUGGAGUGAUGUCGCCAAAAACGCAGGCCUUCAACGAUGUGGCAAAAGCUGCCGUCUUCGUUGGAUCAAUUAUCUUCGUCCUGACCUUAAGCGUGGUGCUUUCUCUCCUCAAGAAGAGGAACUCAUUAUUCGCUUUCAUUCCAUUCUCGGUAACAGGUGGUCUCAGAUUGCAGCACGAAUGCCUGGUCGAACCGACAACGAGAUCAAAAACUUCUGGAACUCAACAAUAAAGAAAAGGCUAAAGAAGAUGUCCGAUGCAUCCAGCCUCGUCAACAAUUCAUCUUCAUCACCCAACGCAAGUGAUUCAUCUUCUAAUAAUACCUCCUCUUCAUUGGACCUUAAAGACAUUAUAGGAAGCUUCAUGUCCUUCCAAGAACAAGGAUUUGUCAACCCCUCUUUGACCAACAUACCAACCAGCAACAAUCCAUUCCAAGCGGCACACAUGAUCAGCCACCCUUGUCAUGACGAUUAUACCCCUUAUGUAGAUGGUUUCUAUGGAGUAAACACAAGGCUACAAGGGGGAAUCUACUUUCCACCUUUGGAGUGCGAAGAAGGUGAUUGGUACAAGGCAGAUAUUAACAACCACGUAGUCGAGAUGAACACUAAUGGAGCUGGAAAUGUACCUGAGGGUAUGAGAAUGGAAGAAUAUUGGGACCUUGACCAGUUGAUGAGCACUGAGGUUCCUUCAUUUCACUUCAACUUCAAACAAAACACAUGAUUCAUUUUCACGUCAUUUUUUUUUCUGUUGCGGAAUUAUACCAAAGCGAUUCAUAGCCACACGUAAAUGCAAAUACUGAUAUAUAUUACAUUCUCUGAUUCUCAUAGAUAGAUAUUGAAAAGUUAGAGAGUCUUUUGUAUUUCGAAUAAUUGUCUCGUACAAGGGCUUGACGUGCCAUGUGUAAUGAUUAGUCAAUGUAAGCUAAAUCUCUUAAUGAAAUAUGAAAUAAACACAUACAUUUGUAAAUA